UAAAUAUCUCAAUUUGGUGCUCAGUGGCACACCAAGGCUUAGGGGAGAGCCUGAAAUUCCUUCUACUCAAGUAGAUGCUUGUAACAGAUCCUGAUUCUCAGCUACCACCCGGGAUCCCUUUGCUUUUCCUAAGUCGUUUUUGUUUUGUAUGCUCCAGAUCUGCUUACGGCAUUUGUGAUGGAAGAGGUCCCUUUUAGAUCCUGUCCUGUAGCUUUUUGAUGACUGAAUUUCUGUGACUUUAUUUUGACAGAUAAAAAUCUGGAUAAUGCUGUAGAAGCAGCUGAGCAGUUUAAAUUAAUCCAAGCAGCAUAUGAUGUUUUGAGUGACCCUCAGGAAAGAGCAUGGGUUUCUACACAGUGUAUCGUAAUGUUUUUGAAAUGAUUGCAAAGGAAGAACUAGAAUCUGUGUUAGAGGAUGAAGCUGAAGAUUUCCCAACUUUUGGAGACUCUCAAAGUGACUAUGAUACGAUAGUCCAUCCUUUCUACGCUUAUUGGCAGAGUUUCUGCACGCAGAAGAACUUUGCUUGGAAGGAAGAGUAUGAUACACGACAAGCUUCAAACCGCUGGGAAAAACGUGCCAUGGAAAAAGAAAACAAAAAGAUUCGAGACAAAGCAAGGAAAGAGAAGAAUGAACUCGUCCGACAGCUGGUAGCUUUCGUUCGUAAAAGAGAUAAAAGAGUGCAGGCUCAUCGGAAACUGGUGGAAGAACAGAACGCAGAGAAGGCGCGGAAGGUCGAAGAGAUGAGGCGGCAACAGAAGCUAAAGCAGGCAAAGCUGGCAGAACAGUACAAAGAACAGAGCUGGAUGACGGUGGCCAAUUUGGAGAAGGAGCUCAGGGAGAUGGAGGCGCAGUAUGGAAAGGAGUUUGGAGAUGGAUCGGAUGAAGAUGAAGUGGAGGAACAAGACCCCAGAGUCAGGCAGGAUGGUAAGGACAGUGAUGAGGCCGAGGAUGCUGAGCUUUACGAUGGCCUUUACUGCCCUGCAUGUGACAAAUCUUUCAAGACAGAAAAGGCCAUGAGGAAUCAUGAAAAAUCAAAGAAGCAUCGGGAAAUGGUUGCCUUGUUAAAACAGCAGUUGGAAGAGGAGGAAGAGAAUUUUUCAGGACCUCAAACUGAUGAAAAUACAUUGAAUGCUAUUUCUGAGGAAGAAGUGGAAGAUUCACCAAAACAAAAGCUUUCUAAAAAACAGAAGAAAAAGAGACAGAAACCAGCACAGAGCUAUGAUGACAACUUCAAUGAAAAUGAGACUGGAGGAGGAGUAACGGUUAAUUCAGAAGACAGAAACUUAAAUCAAAACAGUGCCAAAGAAUUGGGAGACAGUCCCCAAGAAAACAUCAUUGUCACAGAGACUUCCGAACAAUGUGAUGAUCCAAAAAGUGAAACUAAAAGUGUUCCUAAACCCAAAGGAAAGAAAGCCAAAGAUAUGAAAAAACCUGUCAAAGUAUCUGUUGAACCACAAACAAUGGGUGAUGUUCUUAUCAGCUGUACAACCUGCCAUGAUGAAUUUCCAUCCCGGAAUAAACUUUUUGAACAUCUAAAGGCCACAGGUCAUGCAAGAGCACUUUCAUCAUCUUCUUUAAACAGUGUAGCAAGUAGUCGAAGUAAAAAAGAAAAACGUAGAAACAGAUAGAAAUUCUGCCAACACUUUUUCUUUUUGACUGUCUCUAGAUUUCAAAACCAAAAACUGAACUGAAACCAUCUAAAGAGUUAAAAUUUCAGUGAUCUGCAAUUUGUUGCAUUGUGGAAGAUUAUUUUUUAUCUCGUAAAAACAUUUUUUUGUUUAAUAUAUAUUUUUUAAACAUUUCACUAGUGAUUGACUGAAUUCUGCUCUUGCCAUUUGAAUUGCCUUGAAUGCCCCAAAACAGGUAAAUACUAUAAAGUGUGCAGUCUUGAUCUCUGUUGGCUUUUACAUAGACAGAAAUGUACAGGGAGAAUUAAAUUAUUUUAACACACAUAAAUGCCCCUUUCUGUUUUAUUUUGUGAAUUUCAUAUUAUUAUUUAAUGCUUUUGUAUAUAUAUGUAUAUAUGCAUAACAAAAUACAAGAGCAUUGAGUAAUAAUAUAUAUAUAAUAAUAAUUAUAUUUCCUCAAGGACAAUGAUUGAUAGAAACUGCUUGGACAUAUGUAGUUAUGUCUCAAGAAUAAUAUCUCUUCAAGGUAGAAUUAUGAUUUUAUUUCAUAUUUUUCUGGUAAUCAUAAACAAGAUGCAUCUUCUGGCUUUCCUGUCUCUGGUUUGAAUUGUGGAGGUAGGUGGACACAAACUGAUUUAUACGGCACUUCCUUCCUGGGCAUGGUGUCAGCUAUAAAGUAUGAUGGAACAGGGUAGCAGACGGUUCAGAAUUUAUACUGACUCUUUAGCAAGGGAUAUGUUCUGUCUUGAGGUUUUUUUUUCUUCACUAUUUUCAGAAGUUUUUUGUUUUUCCUAUUAUUCAUUGGAGAAAAACUUUUUUAAUGAAAUUUUUUUUUUUUUU